CAACUUUUUCGUUUGUUUUUUAGUUUAUAUGAAAGAGGUUUGCAGAUCGACCUCGAGACCAGUAAUAAACGUAGACUCGGACGGUUAUCUUUCGGCAGGAGAGGUUAAACUUAGUCGAGAUUCAUCUGCUUACGAAGUUGGGUUUCACUGUAACCUGACAAUACAAGCUCCGAAAACAUAUCGAGUGAUGAUUGUGGUUCGGCGUGUGAGUAUACGAUUUUACCCAGUAACCCAGAACUCCAAGAUUUGUAUAGAUUUCCUCCGAAUAUUUAACGGCGUUUCGAAUUUGCAUCUCAGCAGGAAGAUAUGUGGUCAAGAAACGUUCGAUUGGAAGAGCGACGAAAUCUACAGCUCGAGACAAACUAGUGCACUAACAGUACAGUUUUUUACGUUUCCAUGGGAUAAGAACUUGGUACGAGAUGGAUUUGACCUUGCUUUUACCGUUUUUAACAUGAGUGAAGAUGGGAAUUGUUUUGGGAAGAACAGAUUCCAGUGUAACAACAGUGCUUGUAUAUCGGACUUCUUGGUUUGUGACGGACACAACAACUGUGGAGACAGAAGUGACGAGUCCAAAAGUGGUCACUCAAAGUGCUUUGACGAACCAUUAGAUUUGGACGCUAGUUUCCCCAUUAGCGGCUUUAUAGUAAUAGUUUUUGCUAUGGUUCUUGCUAUUCUCACCUGUGCCUUUAUAUUGAUACCUUGCUGGAGCCGAUCCCUCAGACUUUUGCGACCUUUUAUGACAACGCACAACAGCAGAGCCAGUCAGUGUGAUUCCCUGCCCGACACCCCUAUGUCAACCAUCAACCAUCGGGAAGUACAAAACAACGAUCGUGUAGAUGACGAUCCACCUCCUUAUGAAGAAGUUGUCGCAGAUCCGCCAUCUAUAUCAACACCUCCUUCUGCCGAAUCUUCAUCUUUUGCUUAAAGACUAUGAGUAUAAAAACUACAUUACCUAGGAAACAUUUCAUGUGACUUAUCAGUGUUCUGUUGCCAUAGGAGAAAGAAAGACCCCAAAUUCUAGGCCCAGGCUGCUGAAAAAAUAACUCCUAAUACUCACUACACUGCCUCCACUUGUUAAUUAAAUAAUAAGUUAAAUUGCUUCAACUGUGUAUUAUGUAUUUCUAUUAUUGUAGGUAAACUAGAUAUAGUAAUUAUAGAGCAAUUUAAAAUUAUAUUUGUGGUCAGAUAAAGUCUUAUGAUAAAUGUCACAACUUGAACUUUAUUACACGAUUUAUGUUUCAAUUACACAAAAAGUGUAUUUAAUAGCUUUUCCAAAAACGUAUUAUAUGAAUGAAAAUAUAUAAGAUGUCGUUCGAUUUUUAAUAGUGAAACUCAUCAAUAUUCUGAAAAAUAUUCAUAUUAAUUCUUACACUUUACUGUACUUAAUAAGUUAGUUAUAUAUUUUAUAAAAAAUGAUAAAACUAAGUUAGAUAUCCAUAACAAAAUACAGGCCCCAAGUUUGUGCCAACCCUAUUGAUAAGCGCAUUUUCUUAUCACCUUUUAUAUAGAUAUACUAUUUUAUUACUGUUCUUUUUUUCCAGUUGUCAAGUUUUCUAUAAUUAUAAUCGUUUGUGUAGUUUUCCACUGAAAUAAAACAUCGGAGCAGUUUUUUUUCCCUGUACAGUCUCAUACAAACGGAAUGAUAACCUGUAUUUUAUGACGUUUAUAGUCAAAGGGAUGAAUGUAUAAGAACUUCUGUUUCUAUAAAAUGAUGGUAGAUUGGUCUAAUAGACAUAGAUCUUUAUUCAACAAAAACAAUCUUUAACGAAAGUGUUUAACACAAAUAUGAUCUUAGCAAGUUACAAAUGUAUUAAAUUUUGUUUGUCAAAUUUUCAUAAUUUUACGAAUAUGGUUAUUUUUUGGAGGGGUCGCUUUAUAUUCUUGUGUGUAUAACAUACGAAUAUGUACCCUAAAAUAUAUAUGUAUAUAUAAACUAACGAUUUGUACGUUGUGUUUUGGACAGUUAUGACACACCAGAACACAAACUACAGAGUGUUGAAUACGUUACAUUAAAACGAUUUUACAUGUGAAAAUAAGCAAGUUACUUGACAGUUACAACCGGUAUAAAGUCGCAGCGGACUGUAUGUAUCAGAACUAUCAGUAGGUAAUGUGAUGUCUGUCUGUCUGAAAAUUGACCGCUGUUGGGAAGAGUUUUCGAAUUUAAAUAUUCAUACGCUCAGAUCUUAAAGAUGUGUCCAGAUCAGGAUAGGGAUAUUCCUUGUAGUUAAGUACAUUAGAAAACAAAGGAAUAUAGAUCAACGGGCUACCUGAGCUCUGCCCACUGCGGGUAUUGAAACCUAGAUUUUUGGUGUUGUAAAUCCAGAAAGUAGCCUUCAAGAAGUCACACCCUAAGUAAAGAGCAGAGACUUGUAACAGUUGAGAACACAAAGUGUCGUCCACGUGUCCCACACAAAGAUCAACACCACAUAAUUAAGAAUUGUUUCUGUCUGAAAAAACGACACGAGUCAUGCGUACAUAACUUGCUUCCAUGACACGUCAAAGCGAGAAAGACUAAUAAUAAGACUAAUAGCUGGACACUGCACCAGGGUAAGCUUAGAGGUCAAGGUUAUUUACUAUCAAACCGAUGUUCUGUGCUACUUGUACCACCCAGAAAUAUAGGCAUUCUACGGAAAUGAGGCUAAUACAGUUGGGGUUCACCACGACGAGGCUUCUAGUCAUACCUCCCGUUCAACCGUUGCAUACCUCAAGCAGCUGGUGAAUUUAGUGGGUAUUCAAGCUAUUCCAUACCAAAACAUACCAGUCAAUCCGCCAAACGCAGCACCUAUGGAUUUCCGUGCAAUCAGACGGAUAGUUGAAACGGGUGUUGAGAAACCGUCGUCUUUGUAUAUGAGAUGGAAUAUGGAAAGCCGGCAAGGAUGAGUGGUGUAUGUAGGACAUGAUAGCUUUACGACAGAGCAUAUCGUAAACGAAGCCACACUACAAAGUUAUUGUCAACAUGCACGGUCGUCAGAUAGAGCAUGACCGGAAUUGGUGACAUGGAUUGUAAUGAUGUUGUGAGGCUCUAUAAUUUUUUUGUUUUAACUUUUUCAAUCCCCUGUCAUUUCCGGGCUCAGGAUCACAAGCUAAGCCUGAUAGAAAUCUCUACUGUUGAUUGGGUCCGUAUUUAUAAAUACAUCUUUAAGUUAUCAUUGUGAUGCUCCUUACAUUAAGGUGAUUGUUUAAUUUAAAUAAAUAUUUCAUUUCAGGUGUAGAUAUGUUAU